AUGGAAGUGAACAGACGAUGUGCCACAGGAGAGGUGCGCUUGGCAGCAUCCAGAGAGUGUGUGUCACCGUUCCUCCACUCCUGCAAUAUCACCUGUGGACCACAUGGAGGAACUCUGGAUGCGGAGAUGGGCAUCUGCCAGUGUGAGCGAUACGUGUCUGCUGAGGAGCUUUGCAAUACAUCCUGCCUUUCCAGACUGCCUCAGCUCUCUGCUCAGCUUUCGCCAGAUGGACACCUGCUGCUCAGCAUCAAAGAAAGUCGUAGCAUGGUCUGGGCAAAGGUGAUGGAAGAGCCAAUAGAAGUCCUAAAAACAAGACCCAGAAAUAGAAGAGACACAGAAGAUCUGGCUGUCUUACCUCGAAUCCCCAACCCUAUUGCCUGUCUUUCGUCUGGUGACAUGCUCAUUUUUCAUCUCACCAUCAACCACACAGACCGCCAUCUCAGUCACUUUCCAGUUUAUCAAAAAGACCACCUGUUUAACAGCAACCCCAGCUGGGACUUUGGUGCCUUUAGGCAUCUACAGAUACUCAUGAAGCAAACAAACUUUAACUCCUCAAGGUUUGCCCAUGUUUUUUCUGAAACGGGGAAGUACGUGUUUGUUGACAGUGUUGUCCCAGAGUGGAGUCUGGUAGUGGUAGUCAGUGAGGAGGGGACAGAGUGUGACCCCAGGGCUGCUAUGUUUCAACCCAUGACCCCAGCACAAUUGGUCAAGCACGGGAUUGUCAAGAAACACAGACUAAACCUUCUGCCCAACUGGGGAGUGAUUGCUGGGAUCCUUAGUCUGCUCUUGGUUGUGGUCGUAAUUCUGACCACUACAGUACUAGUUUUGCGACCUAGCAAAGCAAAGCUUGUCUCCCAGUGGAGGAUAAAGCCAAAGUGGCGCAGCCUCGGGGAGCCUUUCUGUCCGGUGGAGUGUGCAUGCAGCAGAGAAAGCUUAGUGGUCCCAAGCCAAGGUGAUUUCCUUGGUAGUAGAGGUGUUGGAGAAGGAGCAGAAGCUGAGGAGCCUGCUAUUUCAAAAGGAGGAGGAGUGCCGGGGUGCUGUGAUUUGGAGGAGUUCAAUGUGAAGACUCUUUACGACAAGCUGGAGGAUCAGAACCUCCAUAUAGCCUCACAGCUGGCCCGGCACCGCAAAGACAUACAGGAGUUUUAUAGAAACAUCUGUCAACACACUGAAUCACUCAAGAAUGCCUUGGAGAAUAUGGAUCAUAAAAAAAUGAGCCUCCUUAAAGAGAUAUUAGUUCAUAAAACAAUGAAGGAUGAACCAUCUGGCAGCAGUGUGGGGGAGAGACAUACACAAGUUGAGGCCUGCAUGUCAUUGCUGGGAGCUGUGGUCAGGUUAGUGGAAACUCUCUUAUGCAGGCUGACAGGAGACGCUUGGCAGAACCAGGACUUGUCUGGUCCCCUGUACUGUCAUACGGGUCAUCAUGAUACCAGAGAGUGUGAGGCGCAAGCUGGAUACAUGCAACCCAAUGACACUAACAUGUGUUUUAUGCAGUUUUCAUCAGUGAAUGUGACCAAAGCAGGAGCUCUUCCACAAGAGCCCGACCAUAUACAGAGCACAGCUCCUUCUUUAAGUGAUCAUGACCUGUCCAAGCUUAUCACGAUAUCACCUCUAUUCAAGACCCUGCAGGAGAUCCAACAAUCUUUACAAAAUCUCACGAUGGAUGAGUCAAAACAAUAUUUUAGCAAUGGAGUUGCAGAUAAUUCUGCAAAGGGGAAUUAUGAUGGGCAGCUCAUCCCGACUGCACUGGACAACCUCUCCCCACAGCACUCUGCCAUUUUUCUGUUUGGUUGUCAGGUGAUGCAGUUGCUUGAAAACUGCCCCAUGUUCCCCAGUGCUCUUCUCCUGCUGGCCAAGUCGAUUCCAUUCACUCCAUCUUCCUCUAAUGAGGGUCUACUGUCACACUGCUCUAGGGACUUUUAUUUUGAUGCGACCAAUCAAAUCCUUUAUCUGUCAGAGGCAAAGCUUCAGCACGUGGGACAUUUCAUCUCUGUCAUCCUGCAGUCAAUGGCCCACAUAGCAUCUGGAUCCAAACCCCAGAGCUUUAUGCAAGCACUCCAUGAGGCCAUUUCAGCUCUAAGCCUUCAGUUGUUCAAUGUUUCUUUCAAAUGGAGCACAGCAGAGUCCAAUUUCGAUGCUUUGAAGGGGCGGAAUAACACAUUAGUUGAGGAAUUUCUCAACAUUAGAGUUCCCACUGAAGCCCGCUUCACUGAGCACCUAUUAGCUAGCAGACUCAAGAAAUACAAAUAUUUCCAACUGGAGCAGCUCAUUUCUGAACUCAAACAUACUCCAGCUCAGACCACAGACAAAGAUUUACCACCAAAGGGGACUCCAGCGCAGAUGUCAUGUAUAGAGGAAGAAAUUGAUCGCAUGAAUGAGUCGUUCUUGCUGCUGAGCACACAACUACAGAAGAGAGCUGAAGUGAGCACAUGGCUAAAGGAAAGAGAGAACAGCGCUGGAAACCAUUCUGCAAGGGCAACUCCAACAGACAUGCCAAGCCUGAGUCGUAAUGGAACAAUCCUGCUGGAACUGAAGAGACGCUAUGUAUUACAGCGCCUCAAUGAGCUCCAAAUCACAUUAGGCCAGAUCACACGAUGCCAGCAGCAUGACAGCAAGUCGAAAGAUGGGACAAGAGGCUGCACACAAACAGACAGCAGCACCACACAGCAGGGAGAAAGUGAGAAUUAUGGUAGUACAGAUGGUUUGAGCCCCAACGAUGGCCAGCGGCGGGACAGUAUUUCAGCUAGCCACAGUCACAGCCAACAAGCCGAAGAGAGCAGAGGUCUUGAUAGCUAUAAACUGGAGAGUCAUAUUUCUGACCAGAAGAGUAACACUGUCCAAAGCAACAACCCUGACACAUUAUUGGGCUGCCAGAUGCCAGGCACUCAAGAUCUUAAUGUUCCAGGAGAGCAAGAGCUAAAACAGCAGGCCUCAAUAGAAAAUACAACAAGCUAAACAGAUACUGAUGACAUUUGAGUGCACACCAAUCUGAAUGUGGACAAAUGAUCAAGGUUUUUUCCUUUGUUGUGCUCCUUCAUGUUAGGCCUCGAGUGGCUAUUUCUGUACAAUAUUGUUGUUUUAUUUGAGUAACGAUACAAAUGACCUCUGUCUUCAUUUUGGAGCAUUUCGUAAAAACAAUUCAUCGUAGUUCCUUUCAAUUACGUGUGGAUCCAGACAAAAAUAAUUUGCAGCAGCAAGGAGUGGCGUGACACAAUCUGUCAGCUUGUCCAAAGAAUCUUAGUCAGGAGUUAAUACUGGUCUCUAAGACAGAUUGUGCGCAUUACCAUAUUC